AAAUCACGUGACAAAGAUAGUCGAUUGUAAGGGACUUGUCAUACAUUUGCAGGCGUUUAGCAUUAACUAAUCUUACAAUGGCAAAUUUUCCACCACCAAUUAGGAAUCCAGAAAUCAAAUACACUCAGAUUUUUAUCAACAACGAGUUUGUAAAUUCUGUCAGUGGAAAGGUUUUCCCAACUAUCAAUCCUGCUACAGGAGAAAAAAUAUGUGACGUACAGGAAGGUGAUAAGGCAGAUGUUGAUAAGGCAGUCGCUGCAGCAAAAGAAGCUUUCAAACUCGGAUCACCAUGGCGACGAAUGGAUGCCAGCAAGAGAGGGAAACUUUUGAUGAAAUUUGCUACCCUCCUAGAAAGAGAUGCUCAGUACUUGGGUAGUUUGGAGACUUUAGAUAAUGGUAAACCAUACACACAAGCUUUUGGGGAAUGUUACUUCUCAUCAGAUGUUGUCAAUUACUACGCAGGAUGGGCAGAUAAAAUUCAUGGAAAAACAAUUCCCAUUAAUGGUGAUUAUUUGUGUUAUACCAAACAUGAACCAGUAGGCAUUUGUGGACAAAUCAUUCCAUGGAACUACCCUGUACCAAUGUUUGUAUGGAAGAUAGCUCCAGCAUUAGCUGCUGGUAAUGUCAUUGUGGUCAAGCCUGCAGAACAGACACCGCUGACAGCUUUAUAUUGCUGUGCUCUGUUGAAAGAGGCUGGUUUCCCUCCAGGUGUGGUCAAUAUUGUACCUGGAUAUGGACCCACAGCUGGUGCUGCCAUCUCUAACCACCUUGACAUCAACAAAGUGGCCUUCACUGGAUCUACAGAGGUUGGACAGAUUAUUAUGCAAGCAGCAGGAGCUUCUAAUGUGAAAAGAACAACAUUAGAGUUGGGCGGGAAGAGCCCUAAUGUUAUAUUUGAAGAUGCUGAUCUGGACACAGCUGUAGCAGCUGCCCAAGAAGCUGUGAUGACCAAUGCUGGACAAUGUUGUGUAGCAGGCAGUAGGACCUUUGUACAGGAGAGUAUCUAUGAUGAAUUUGUCAAAAGAACAAUUGAAAAGGCAGCAACAAGGAAAGUUGGCGAUCCUUAUGAUACUGCAACUGAGCAGGGCCCUCAGGUUGAUGAAGAACAGUUCAAUAAGAUAUUAGGAAUGAUAGAAAGUGGAAAGAAGGAAGGAGCAAAAUUAAACUGUGGAGGUUCUAAAGCUGCAGACAAAGGAUAUUUUAUCCAGCCUACUGUCUUCUCUGAUGUUACAGAUAACAUGAAAAUUGCAAAGGAAGAGAUAUUUGGUCCAGUUCAACAGAUCUUCAAGUUUAAAGAUAUGGAUGAAGUAUUGGAAAGAGCCAACAGCACAACUUAUGGUUUGGGUGCAGCAGUAUUUACAAAUGAUAUCAACAAAGCCAUGAUGUUUUCCCAGGGUGUACAGGCAGGAACUGUAUGGAUAAAUUGCUACAAUGUUGUCAGUGCCCAGGCACCAUUUGGAGGAUUUAAAAUGUCUGGACUGGGUAGAGAAUUGGGAGAAUAUGGAAUUACACAGUACUAUGAAGUAAAGAAUGUUGUUGUGAAAAUUCCACAAAAGAAUUCUUAAAAGACCUGCCACCAAACAUGUAUUUAAUGUCAUUGAACUCUGCUUAAACUAAAUGAAAAUAUGAAGGAAUUAUUUGAAUUAUUGAGAAUCAAUGUUGUGAUAAUGAGACUGUUUAUAUAAAAGUUGUAAAAUAAUGACACAAAUACUGUUUAUAUAAAGAUUAUCAAAUAAUGAAACUGAUACUGUUUAUAUAAAGGUUGUAAAAUAAGAAGUGCCAUAUACAAUAUAACCACAGCAGAUACUGUAUAAACUAUUGUUUUUAUAUUUUGAUAUUUUUGAGAAACCAAUUGCAAAGUUUAUACUUGUAUAACUUUAUAAUACCUGUUAGUUAUAACAUAACUUUAUAAUACCUGUUAGUUAUAACUGAUCUACACAUUCUUUGGUUAAAAGAGAAUUCUUUAACUGUUGUAAAGCUGUUGAUAUUGAUUUUUUUUAUUGUAUAAGAAUUAACAUGUUUUCUGCUGCAUUUUUACCUACAUUUUUAACUAAUGUUGUGUUAAUGCUUGUUAUUAACUAAUGUUAGUUUAUGAUUGUGUUAAUGCUUGUUAUUAACUAAUGUUAGUUUAUGAUUGUGUUAAUACCUGUUAUUAACUAAUGUUAGUUUAUGAUUGUGUUAAUACCUGUUAUUAACUAAUGUUAGUUUAUGAUUGUUUAAUGCCUGUUAUUAACUAAUGUUAGUUUAUGAUUGUGUUAAUGCCUGUUAUUAAGUUUUUUGAUUUUACACCCUGAUUUUAUAGAUGUUAAAUUUAAGAAUAAUAAUGUGAUUGGUUUUUAAAGGAUAAUAGAUGUUAAUGUAAGUUAAUACAUAUAAACUACAGAAAAUAAUUUUGCAACAUCAUAAGAGUUGGUGCUUUUCAUUUAACCAUUAUUUGGAUUUAAAACACAAUACAUUUGCCUUAGGAAAUUGUUAGAUUUUGCCUGAUUUGCAAGAUACAUUCAAUUCUAGUCUGUAUAUGAUAAAUUUUGAUCCUCAACCAGUUGUUUAUUUCAUAUUUUGUUUGUUAGAUCAUAAAGUCUGUAUUCAGAAUUUUUAAGUUUUAGAAAAGAGCAUUAAAUGAAUAAAUAUUU